AUGCGGGGUUGCGUUAAGGAAGGCGGUGCGGAAUAUCAGAAUUGUAAUUCACAGCUAUCGGCUCGAGUGACUUCCGGGUAUUUUGAUGCUGCUGACAUUAACCUCGGACUGCGGGGCAAGGAUGUGAUGAAUUUCAACACGAAUACUGGGAAGACUUUAUUGUCGGAUGAAAAAGCGCUAAACGCCGCAUCUUCGAUUUUCAUUACUGGUAUGCAUUCAAUUGCAAUGAUCCCGUCGUUGGGGAGUAUGCGAUGCUAUUUAUAUAAAGGCGUUAAGCUUUUGUUUCCCCAGUGGAUUAGGGAUGUGGAAUUGGAAAAUGGACGUACUUCAUGUUAUCGAUCCCUGUUUUUACGUCCCAGCAGGGUGCCGCAAGAAGAGUGUGAACCAGAAUUAGGGGCAACGCCUGCGCCCCCGGAGCCUUCCGAAGGAUAUGGGGACGUGCUAUGCUGA